UACGCCGAGCACUUCACUGCUUUGCCGAGCUCUCUCUCCCAUACGCGCGCGCGCGCACACAGAGACACACUCCGCCAGCUUUCGCUGGGCUCCUCACCGCGCUUGCCCGCCCCUAUAAAUCCGUCACGGUUCAAACCAAAUCACCCCAACCAAACACCCAACACGCUCGAUAGGUGGAGUGAUCGCGCGGCAAUGGCGGCGACCACUCGAGCCCUCUUCCUUUCCUGUUUCCACGGCGGCGGUGGCGGAGGAGGCUCCGAGGUGAGCCGCCGCCUCGUGCUGCGCCCGCGGUACAUGUCCAUGCCGCGACGCCCGAAGGGGGCGGCGGUCGCUGGCGGAGGAGGGGGAGGCGGAGGCGACAACGACAACGACCUGGAGGCCGCGGCGGCGGCCGGGGAGGAGGAGGAGAAAGUGGCGGUGUUCGCGGUGUCCGGGAUGACGUGCGCCGCGUGCGCGGGGUCAGUGGAGAAGGCCGUGAAGCGGCUCCCAGGCAUCCACGACGCCGCCGUCGACGUCCUCGGGGGCCGCGCACAGGUCGUCUUCUACCCGGCCUUCGUCUCGGAGGACAAAAUUAGGGAAACUAUUGAGGAUGUUGGUUUUGAAGCCAAUCUGAUUGAUGAGGAGGUCAAGGAAAAGAACAUUCUACUAUGCAGGCUACAUAUAAAAGGAAUGGCCUGCAAGAAUUGCACAAGCACAGUCGAAUUUGCCUUGCAAGCUUCUCCUGGGGUUCAAAGAGCUUCAGUUGCGUUGGCUACUGAAGAGGCAGAAAUCCGUUAUGAUCGCAGGAUUGUUUCUGCUAGCCAGCUAGUCCAUGCCGUGGAAGAAACUGGAUUUGAAGCGAUAUUAGUCACCACGGGAGAAGAUCGGAGCAGGAUAGACCUCAAAAUAGACGGCGUUAUCAAUGAGGACACAAUAAUGAUAGUGAAAAGCUCUGUCCAAGCUCUUCCUGGUGUGGAAAAAAUAAAAGUUAACGUUGAGCUCCUCAAGAUCACCAUCUCAUACAAUCCUGACCAGACAGGUCCCCGGGACCUCAUUGAAGUCAUCGAGUCAGCCACAUCUGGUCAACAUGUUUCUGCAUCAAUAUAUCCAGAAGCAGAUGAAAAGGAACAUCAUAGGUAUGGGGAAAUCAAGAGAUACAAACAAUCUUUCUUGUGGAGCUUAAUAUUCACCAUUCCAGUGUUUCUCACCUCCAUGGUGUUCAUGUACAUCCCUGAUCUGAAGGAUGGGCUGGAAAAAAAAGUUGUCAAAAUGAUGAGCGUGGGUGAACUAUUACGGUGGAUUUUGUCAACACCUGUCCAAUUUGUAAUUGGUCGCAAAUUUUAUGCUGGUGCUUACAAGGCAAUGUGCCGUGGCUCACCAAACAUGGACGUGCUCAUUGCUCUAGGGACGAACACUGCUUACCUCUACUCAGUUUACUCAGUUCUUCGAGCAGCCACCUCUGAGAAUUACAUGGCAACUGAUUUUUUUGAGACUAGUUCCAUGCUCAUAUCAUUUAUCCUUCUUGGAAAGUACCUUGAAAUCUUGGCCAAAGGAAAGACCUCUGAGGCUAUCGCCAAACUGAUGGAUCUUGCACCUGAAACUGCAACACUGUUGAUACAUGACCACGAAGGGAAUGUUGUCGGAGAGAAGGAGAUUGACAGCAGGUUGAUUCAGAAAAACGAUGUGAUCAAAGUAGUGCCGGGGGAAAAAGUUGCCUCUGAUGGCUUUGUUGCGUGGGGCCAGAGCCAUGUGAACGAAAGCAUGAUCACUGGAGAAUCACGGCCAGUUGCAAAGAAAAAGGGCGACACUGUAAUUGGAGGGACAGUGAACGAGAAUGGCGUGCUUCAUGUCCGGGCAACAUUUAUCGGAUCCGAGAGCGCGCUAGCACAGAUUGUAAAGCUAGUUGAGUCAGCGCAAAUGGCAAAAGCUCCUGUCCAGAAGUUUGCUGAUCAGAUAUCUGGAGUCUUUGUCCCCCUGGUCAUCCUCCUUUCUUUGCUUACUUGGCUCGCGUGGUUCAUAGCUGGGAGGUUACAUAGCUACCCUAACUCAUGGAUACCGUCGUCCAUGGAUAGCUUUCAGCUAGCUCUUCAGUUCGGGAUAUCUGUUAUGGUGAUUGCCUGUCCUUGCGCCCUAGGGCUGGCAACUCCAACUGCCGUGAUGGUUGCAACCGGAGUUGGUGCAUCGCAAGGCGUUCUGAUCAAGGGCGGUCAAGCUCUGGAGAGUGCACAGAAGGUUGACUGCAUCGUUUUUGACAAGACUGGGACACUAACUAUUGGGAAGCCUGUUGUCGUCGACACAAGGCUUCUAAAAAACAUGGUCUUGCGUGAGUUCUAUGACUGUACCGCUGCAGCAGAGGUCAACAGUGAGCACCCACUGGCAAAGGCGAUAGUGGAGCAUGCCAAGAAGUUUCACUCAGAAGAAAACUACAUCUGGCCCGAAGCAAUGGAUUUCAUUUCAGUAACUGGGCAUGGUGUCAAGGCGAAAGUUAGUGACAAGAGUGUCCUUGCGGGCAACAAGAGCUUUAUGUUGUCAUCAGGCGUUGAUAUCCCCAUCGAAGCAUCAGAAAUCCUCAUGGAAGAAGAGGAGAAGGCGAGGACAGGGAUUAUUGUGGCUAUGGAUCAAGAAGUUGUUGGCAUAAUCUCUGUUUCUGACCCGAUAAAACCAAAUGCACAUGAAGUGAUAUCAUACCUCAAGUCCAUGAAUGUUGAGAGUAUAAUGGUGACCGGGGACAACUGGGGGACCGCUAAUGCCAUCGGCAAAGAGGUUGGCAUUGAAAAGAUUAUCGCCGAAGCGAAACCAGAGCAGAAAGCUGAGAAAGUGAAGGAACUUCAGUUGUCCGGAAGAACCGUGGCAAUGGUUGGCGAUGGAAUCAACGACUCCCCAGCACUUGUGUCAGCUGACGUAGGUCUGGCGAUUGGUGCUGGAACGGAUGUCGCGAUUGAAGCGGCCGACAUUGUCCUGAUGAAGAGCAACUUGGAGGAUGUAAUCACUGCUAUCGAUCUCUCCAGGAAGACUUUCUUCCGCAUACGGAUGAACUAUGUCUGGGCGCUUGGCUACAACAUCAUCGGCAUACCAAUUGCGGCAGGGGUGCUCUUCCCAUCCACCAGGUUCCGCUUGCCGCCAUGGGUUGCCGGCGCUGCAAUGGCGUCUUCGUCCGUCAGUGUCGUCUGUUGGUCCCUUCUGUUGAGGUACUACAAGAGUCCAAAGAUGCCUGUCAGUUGAUGACACAGGGACGAGAGGCAUAACAUUUGCAAAAUAAAAAAGGGGUUCUGUAGUUAUUAAUAACUCCUGCUGGAAUGACAAGGGCCCUAACAAUUGCCUGAAACAAGCUGUACAUAUGCGUUACAAAUGUAUGAAUGUUACAUACGGUUUUUCCUGUAUGCUAGAGAGUAUUGUCGUGUCACGUUGUAAGGCAAAAGCUAUGGUAUACCUACAAUUGCAUCGUUGCAUGUUCUAUGCUGGUUGUGUAAUAACUAGGAACUGAGGAAAAGGAAGCGUGAAUAUUUUUUUU